AGAGAUUAGAGCUGUAAUAUUGUAGUGUUUGACCAAAUGUAACUGUUCGGAAAGCAGUCUAUUUUAUGCUACACAAAAGGUUCGAUAUCUACAUGCCGUAUAGAGCAACACUAGUGAGAAUGUAAGCUAAAAUCGGGACUAAAUACAUAAUACAAACAGCCGUUUAUUAGUGCCAUCAUGGCCGCGCUGCCUUUAACCGAAGGAAAUGUGGCGGACAUUCUCCAGCACCAUGGACGAUUUGCUGUAAAGGAAAUCCUUAGACCUCUGCUGACCCUCAAGGAUUUGCAAGAUGCUAAGAGGGCUGCGAGAGUCAACUAUGACCACUCCCUAUCGAAGGCGGUCCCGAGGAAAAGAAGCGUCCGGAAAUCGAAGAGAAACGCAUUUCUGUCUGCAUUUACAACAAGGAAAACUGAAGGAAGGACAUCAACAAAUCUUGACAAGAGGGAGGAACUCCCAGCGUCUGACCACGCCCUGCUUGAAGUCACACAGGAAGACCCAAGCAGGAGUUUGUUUCAAGUCAAGGAACGGCAGAUCCAGAUAUUCAUUUCGAAUUCAGUGAAGGAGACCCUCUGCCUGCAACUUCAUCCUUCAACUUCCAUCUUAGGCUUGAAAGAAAUAAUCCAAGAAAAAAUAGGCAUCCCACAAAAGAAACAGCAUCUUGUCACUAGGAAAGGCUUAGAGCUUUGUGACAGAGUCUCCCUUCGUGACUACGGUAUUCAGCAAGACACCAAUCUAGACUUGCAGCUUGUUGCUGGCUUAAUGGGUGGCACUAAAAAAAAACAUUCAGGUCACAAGAAAAACAACGAGACAUCGCCAACGCCAAGGGAAAUGAUCGACACCACUGUCAAAGAAAAUUUGUAUCUUCAUACAGUACCACAAGCUAUACACAAGCCAACUUCUCGUAAGAAGGCCACCCGCAGGAGCAGGAAGCGAGACAACUCGACCUUUUCACUCAGUCCUCCUUCCCCUAACGAAACAGGAGACAGCGGUGAGGAAAAAAGAAGGAAGACAAAUGAACCGGGGAGGACAUCCUUUCAAGACGUCGAACCCAGAGCACACAGUGACUCUCAUGAGAGGCAAGAAGAAACUAUGAAAUCAAGGAGUGCUUGCCCUGCCUCAUCGAACAACUCCAAGAAAUCCAAAGGCAGGAAAAGAACGAGUAGAUCAUCCCAACACCAUAAUGAAUCCACAAGACCUGCCGAGCAGAAAGAUAACUUAGAGCAAUCUAUUCGAUUUCCCAGGAAAGGUUUUCAGAAAAGUACUGAAAUUGGGCCGUGCGUGUCUUCUGCAUCAGAAAAUAUCUCCAAGAAACCGAGAGGAAGGAAGAGAAGACGUAAAACAACUCCAUCUCAAGACGAACUCAAAAGCCAGCGUGUUUCUGCGGAGAGAGCCAAUGUACCUGCUUUGACUUCGGCUUCAGGAGCCAUCCCUAAGAAAAGUAGAAAGGAAAUCGAAUGCCACGAGCCGCAAGAUGCAUCCAGAAAACAGGACUUAUAUUCCUCCAGUUCUUCAUCAACCGCAGACCCCUUCUUAAGGAAGUGUAGAAGAAAGAGCAAGUGUGGUAAAGAGGCAACCAAGAUGCAAGCUGCACAAGUCGACAGACAGAUCGACUCAGAGAAGUCCUUGGAUAUUACUACAUGCAGAGCAGGAGACAGCAAGAAGACUCGUAAAAGAACAAGAAAGAGACGUCAUAAAAAAUCCACUUUUCAGGAAAAUCAGAGAAAACGGAGUGAAUCGAUUGAAAUUCGAACCGACCCGACUCAACCCCCUCGUGUUUUACCUGGAGAAGAUCGACAGUCUGAGACUAAAGAUAUCAGGCAACAUGCAACGCGUCACCUCUUAACUAGUCGUUGUAACGGUGGGAAGCAGACAUGUAAUGAGGAACCGAAUAGGACAUAUAAUGUGGAAGCAAAGAAGACAUCCUAUAAGAAACCGAAGAAGACAUCUAAUAAGGAACCGAAGAAGACGUCUAAUGAGGAAUUAAAGAAGACAUCUAACGCGGAACGGAAGAAGACAUCUAAUGAGAAACCGAAGAAGACAUCUAAUGAAGAACCGAAGAAGACUUUUAAUAAGGAACCGAAGAAGUCAUCUAGUAAGGAACUGAAGAAUGAGUCAAACAAGACAUUGAAUGCAGAACCGAUGAAGACACCUAUAAAUGAUGAACCAAAGAACACAUCUAGUGAGAAGACAUCUAAUGAGGAACCUAAGAAGACAUCUAAUGAGAAAUCGAAGAAGACAUCGAAUGCAGAACCGAUGAAGACACCUAUAAAUGAUGAACUAAAGAAGGCAUCUAGUAACGAACCAAAGAGUAACGAGGGACCGAAGAAGACAUCUAAAAAGGAAUCGAAGAAGACAUCUAAUGAAGAACCAAAGAAGACAUCUAAUGAAGACCCAAAGACGACAUCUAAUGAGAAACUGAAUAAGACAUCUAAAGAGAAACCGAAGAAGACAUCGAAGGAGGAACCGAAGAAGACAUCUAAUCAGGAACCCAAAAAGACAUCUUAUAAGAAACCGAAGAUGAGCCGGCAACAAUUUGGAAACAGUAUCAAUAAAAUUAAAACUCUUCAAAUCCACGGAGCCAACAAGAGCCCUAUCUUUGUUGGAACCUGCACUGGGAGCUCAAUACAUUACAGUACAGGUAGAGCCACAGGAGAAGCACACGAUCGCAGAGUUGCUGAUAUGGCAGAGAAGGCUCUAAAGAAGGCGUACAUAAGCAGAGGGGGUUUCGUUCACCUCAUUCCAUGGGUGAGUGACGAUAAAAUGCACAUCAUGGACAUCUACACGAAACUUGAGUUAGAAAAAACAGACAAGCCCGAGGAGGGCAAGAUAAAAUCCUACGAGGAGAUUUUCCGCAAGUCAAGAGAGGGCUUUCUAAUUAAACGUAUGGUUCUGACUGGCACGGCUGGUUUGGGAAAGUCCACCCUGGUUGACAAAAUGGCGUACGAUUGGGCGGUGGGUUUAUGCAAGAAACUUGGAGAGUACAAACUUGUCUUUGUCCUGAAAAUGCACGCACUUGAGCAAACCUCUGAUUUUCUCGAUGCUGUUUUUGAUAAGAUCCUAGACGAAACUUGCAUCGAGAAGGCUGCGUUGAGCUCUUACAUCAAUACGAAUCCAGACCAGGUUCUGAUUCUUCUUGAUGGUUUCGAUGAGCUGAUAACCACCUCGCUUAAUGAGCGCGAAUUUGGUUCAAUUUUGAAAAUCCUAAACAGAAGGAAAGGCGCAGAAUUUAGUGUCAUCGUAACAACGCGGCCCUCGCAUAAUGACAAACUGGUGAGUAGAAACCUGAUUGAAGAACCCGUCACGCGGGUAAAGGUUUUGGGAUUUAGUAAAGAAUGCAUUGUGCAAUAUGUGUUGAAAUUUUACUCGUCAGAUCCUGAAAAGGCCCGGGGGCUUUUGGAGAUGAUUUUGUCCUCCUCUGCUCUCUUUGAUUUGGCAAAUAGCCCUAUGCUCUUGCUCUUAAUGUGUAUUCUAUGGCGAGAGGAAAGCAGGCUCCCCGAAACCAUGUCAUCACUCUACAGAGAAGCGAUGAGGUACAUAUUCAUGCGAAAGGCAGACACUACACCAGAAGAUAUGUCAAACCUGAUUUUAGAAAUCGGAAAGGUAGCAUUGGAUGGUUUGCUUGCACCGAAGCAGAUUCUUUCCUUUCCGGAGAAUCUUUUUAAAAGUGGUGUUCUUUCUCUUGCCAUCAGUGCAGGUAUACUUAGCAGCCAGCGGGUCAUGAAGCAGCUCGAUACCCAUAACAGUCUCAUGUUCAUUCACAAAACUUUUCAGGAGUACUGCGCGGCAAUUUUCUUCCAACAUCUUCAGCGAACCGGUGAUGAAGAGUUGCAAAGAGUGGUUGAUAAGAUAGACCAAAAAAAGGGCAACAUUACAGAUCUGGACUAUUUGCUACGAUUUUGUUGUGGAGACAAUGAGGCAUGCACAGUUAUAAUUUUGCAGAUCGUACAUAAGUAUUUGUACUAUUUCUGUAGCGACUUGAGGUGGUUGCUUUUUUCUUGUUAUUUUGAGUGUCAAUCAAAUUUCAUUCCAUCUGAGAAAUUGAUCUUGUCAGUAAUUGACAAGGAUCGAUUACAAUUUAAUUGGUGUGGGAAAGACUUCGUUAACGCAUUUAUAUACUUUCUGGAGCAUGUACGUGUUGACUCAGACGGCAAUGGAAACCAUUACCUUUCCGAAGUCGAGGAAAUUAGGUUACAUCAAUGUGACUUAAAAAGCUUUGACGAACGUUUCGGACAUGUGUUGGAAAGAAUGACAAAUAUCAAAUCAUUGAAACUAUACAGCUGCUCGUUAACGGCGAGCAACUUUAAACAUAUUGUAUCGUCGCUUGAGAACGCAGACGAAUUGGUCCAACUUGAGGUUAGAGGGAACGAAAUGCUGAGUGGUUCCGCAAAUAAAUUGCCGUCCAAAUCAAAAUGCCUAAAACGUCUUGAGAUAUUAGACAUGUGUGAAUGUCUGAUGAGAGGUCAUGACAUGGACUUGCUGCUGCGGGAGAUGACCAAUUUGGUAACGCUGUUGUUGUCUGGAAACGAAUUCGGCAACUCUGCAUUAUUAUUUGGCCCUCACUUGCAACAAAUGCAACAACUGCAGCAGCUUGACUUGAGUGACUGUCGUUUAAGAGGUGUCGACGCCGGACAUAUUGUUGUAGCAGUGAGCAGCACCAUCAUUGAUCUGAACCUCUCCAAGAAUAAAGGGUUGUGCGAAACAGCAAGACUGUGGGCCCCUUAUCUUAACCGAUUGAAACGUCUGCAGAAGCUGGGCUUGGGUUACUGUGCGUUGACAGGUACAGAUGUGAAGUACGUGGAUGCAAGCAGCUUGUUGGAACUGAACUUGUCAGGUAACAAUGAACUAGGGGGCUCCGCAGAGAUAUGGUCCCCCACUUUGAAAUGUAUGACAAAACUGAAUAGUUUGGCAUUAGCUGGCUGUAACAUACAACAAAGUGACUUACCACACCUGAAAGAUUUAGUGUGUUGUCUUCCUUCUAUCGAAGAAUGUGUAUCAAGGAUGUUCAGUAUUAUUCAAGUUUAUCACGAUUACAUUAGGCUUGAUUUAAACAAAACUCUGACUGGUGAAGAUAUAUCCAUUGCUUUGAAAGCACUGGAAAACACCAAACAUGCUUGUGUCGAAGUGUCUGGUUCCGGACAUGCCCCAGGGAUCCUACAUACAAAGAUGUGGUCUUCUUCUUUGCCGCUUGUGAAAAACCUCAGCAAGUUGAGUCUCAAAGGAUGCUCUUUGAAGAGCAGGAACAUCAAACACAUUGCGAAGUCGAUUUGUGACGCAACAAAACUGGUGCAACUGGAUCUGUCAGAGAACCAAACGUUGGGUGGUGAUGCGGUGGUAUGGUGUCGUCAACUGAAGAAGUUGAAACGCCUCCAGAAGGUAUUCUUUAAAAAGUGCUGCUUGAAGGGCCAAGACAUGCAGCACUUGCUGGUGUCACUUGGGAAGCUUAAUCAGUUGGUCGAGGUAGACCUCUCUGAAAACGAUCAGUUGAGUGGUUCGGCAGCAUUAUGGUCCUAUCAUCUGAAACACCUGACCAACCUCCAAACGCUCAAACUGACAGAUUGUAAGUUUCAGCCAGAAGAUUUAAAAAGUCUUGUCCCAUCAGUUCUUGAUAUGGUGAGUCUUGAGACAUGUCACACUGGCAUGCUAGACGUUAAGAAGACAACAAGUGGCACGACCGUGCACGUGAAUGGGUGUUCUUCAUUAACUGGGAGAGACCUGGCCGAUCUGUUGAAGGCAAUGGGUAAAAGGAGUGACCUGGUUGAGUUGAAACUCACAGAUGUGAGCAAUGUCAUGGGGGAGACUCAAGCUGCCAUAUGGGCCCCUUAUCUGAAAGAACUUACACACUUAAAUCGGUUGAGUCUGAACAAUAAUUUCAACCGAGGCAAGUAUAUCAGACACGUUGCAAAGUGCUUGGGUAGCAUGCCGUCUGUUGUCGAGUUGGACCUCUCAGGUAACCACGCUCUCGGCGGCUCGGCAAGCUUAUGGUGCAGAUAUUUGAAGCAAAUGAAGCACAUCCGGAACCUCAAUAUGAGCUUAUGUGGACUGACAGGUGAAGACAUCAAGAACAUGGCUCCUUCGCUGUGUGAUAACAUAACACAGUUAGACCUUUCAGAUAAUUCCACUCUGAGUGGUUCAACCAGAUCAUGGGCAUUAUCCUUGAGCAAACUGAGCAACCUUAAAACGCUUACGGUAGAUAAUUGUUCUUUAACCGGUGAAGAUGUUACCGAAGCUGCUAUAUCCAGCAGCGGUAUGGAACAACGCGUAAGUUUUUUAUCUAUUGACAAUGAAGUGGAUCCCCUAAGUGCCCUUUAUCACUACAGAGAAGAAUGUUGCAGAAGGUUUUGUUUUAGGCAAACAGGGCAUGGUUUUACUGGCAUGGUCUUGGACUUAAGGCAAUGCUUUCUGUCUCCGAGGCAAAUUGCUCGUGUUUUGGAGGCGAUGGGAAAAAGAAAAGACGUCGUGAAAUUGCAUCUGACUAAAAACAGAAAUCUUCGAGGCUCAGCCGCAGAUUGGUGCCCGUCUUUGGAACACUUGCAGCAUCUCCAGAAGUUUGACUUUAGCGCAAACACACUGACUGCAGAAGAUCUCAAACAGGUUUUGUUGUCAUGUAGUUCUAUCCCUAACUUGACUGAAGUGAAUUUCUCAUACAGUGAGGGCCUUGGUGGAUCUGGUCGUAUCUGGGCCAAACACAUCCACAAAUUGAAGAAACUUCAGAAACUUAAACUAGUUAGAUUGUCACUGCAAAGUGGCGAUGUGAAACCUGUGGCUAAAUCGUUAAGCCGCAUGCCUGAGUUGGUCGAGCUGGUUCUGUCAGAUAACCGGUCACUUGGUGGCUGUGCUUCUACUUGGGCACGAUAUUUAAGCAGAAUGGUACACCUUACAGAGUUGAUUCUACAGGAUUGUUCCUUAAUUGGAGAAGAUGUAGGUUACUUUGCUUGUGCAGUAGCCACCAUGCCUAAUUUGGUUAAGCUGGAUCUCUCACGCAACCCAACGCUUGGUGAUUCAGACGCCUGUUGGUUAGACUUACGCAACAUGGAACAUCUCCAGAGUCUUAAGUUGGGAUAUUGUGAAUUGGUGGGAGGCGACAUUGAAAACAUCAUCGAGUCUGUAAGUGCUAUGCCCGCACUGCAAGAUCUGUGUCUGUCUUGGACAGCGGAAAACAUACGCAUCAAUGUUUGGUCUAAUCUCCAUUUAAUGGUCCACUUAAUUGCCUUAAGCUUACGGGUCAACUCACGUGAGGAAUUGCAGAAGGUUGCUAAAUCCAUCGGUAAAAUGCCAAACUUGAAAGAACUUUCUCUUGGCUGUGAUGGUUCAAAACUUGAGGGUUCUCAGGCGUGGUGGAGACAUCUCAGAAAGAUGAUGCAUCUGAAGAAACUUCGCUUGGGUUGUUCUUCACUAAGAGAUGCAGAUAUGGUUUAUGUUGCUGCCAUGCCGAGCUUGGUCGAGUUGGACCUGUCCAACAACGAUAAGCUAACCGGCUCAUCCAUGGUUCAUUUGAAGAGUAUGAAACAACUUGGGAAGUUGAGCUUACGUCAAAGCUGUCUGAAUGGUGACGAUUUUACUGCUAUCUUGAAAUCAGUGAAUGAAAUGACCACAUUAAGGGACUUGGAUCUUUCUAUGAAUUACCAGCACGGUCAACCUGUUGCUGUUGAUUUGUAUAAUUUGAAGUACCUGAAAAAGCUUUGUUUGAAACAGUGUUAUCAAUGCAAACAAGGUAGAGAAAGCAUUACUACAAUCAAAGAAAACUUAGCCGAAUCAAUCGAAGUGGAACUCUAA